AUGAAACCAACAGCCGACUCAGCCGAUUCUCCAGCUUCACUCAAGUCGUUCCCCCCGAUCACCUCACCAGAGCUUCAAGGCAAGAAAGCUGCUACCCGGUUCGAGAAAAUGCGCGAAGACAUGAAUAAUGAAAGCCCUGAGGAGAUCACUGCGUAUAUACAGAAUUACGCCCCAGAGAUUGUCCGCGAGGGUGACCCUAUCCCUUACGAUACCGACGCAGGUAUCGAGUACGCCACCGGAGAGGGGCGUUAA